AGCGUUUAGUUAAAAUAUAAAACCAAAAUCAUCGUAACACAUAAUAAAUUGUCAGAACGUUAGGAUUAUAUUGAUAUAAAAUCCAUGAUAAACGGUCUAUAGCUGUGAUCUCACUUAGACAAAGAAAAACAGGAAUUAUUAGCUAAUUUUUUUUAAUUUUUAUCACUGCUGGUGCAUUGUGCAGCGGAGAAACACCCGCCAGAUACCAUAGUAGCUCAACGUAACCGCGUCUUCCAAAACAUAUCCAACACACAAAACGCAGUUUAUACCGAAUAUGUUCUUCAAAAUAUGAAUUUAAUUCACAAAUGGAAAAGAUUGCGAGGGAAAUUCUUAGAAGGCAAUAUACAGAACUUACAAGAAGUGACAAUUGUUACUUCUCCGUAGGACUGGAAGAUGAUGACCUUUUCAAGUGGAGAAUCUGCUUCCAAGGUCCUUACGGAACGCCAUUUGAAGGUGGUAUAUUCACGGUUAUCACCACUUUCCCAAACAACUUCCCAAAUGAUCCACCACAAAUGAAAUUCGAGCAGAAAAUGUGGCAUCCAAAUAUCUACCCUGAUGGGCGAGUCUGCAUUUCUAUACUUCAUUCAGCAAAUUCGAAUUUGUACAACGAACAUGAGCGAUCGGAUGAACGUUGGAGACCAGUACUUAGCGUAGAAAGCAUAGUCCUCAGUGUGAUAUCAAUGCUAACGGAACCGAACAUAGAGUCACCGGCUAAUGUUGAUGCCGCAGUACAGUUGAAGAAGGAUCCGUUAGCAUACAAGAGACAAGUACAAAUGUAUGCAAGGGAAACGAUGGUAUGAUUAUCCCGCAAGACAUUCGUUGAUCUAACAAAUACAUCCACCGAGAUAAUGGAAUCAUGAUGAAUUUUGACAACUACUUUGCCUUUAUAAGCAUAUCUAUCUUCGGGAGAUUGUUUUGUAUGUUCAUGUUAUACCUUAAUCUAACAAGGCUGAAGCAUAUGAGUAUCAAACCGCUCUCUCAUCAACAGAACAGGUGACACGAAUGUUUCACAUGGGUUAAAGUUAUCAAAAUGGAAAUAUAAUACAGUCAACUUGAUAAUGGCAGUUUGUGUCGGAGAUCACGUAUAUCUGUGUAGGUCACGUAUGACUCUAAAGGGGGCACAAGAAUGUGCUAGUAGAAGAGGAACUACUCACUGCCUUCAACUACGUCACUAUCACUUCCCUUGAAUGACGAAUCAACGACACGGCAGUGGCGCUUGCGGAACAUUGGGGUUGAAGGAGAUACGUCAAAGGCCACCCCGUCAACAGAACAACUCAAUGAUGCUGAACGCGAUAACAGCUU